GGUGGUGAAGCAGGGUCUCGGGGACCUCAGGUGAGUGAAUUGCCAUAAAAAACUGUUGUUGUUUUGCAGACUGCUUCAUCAGGUGCAACCUGAGCAAAAACAAAGCCUGUUAUUUCUGACUCUCAUGCAGGGCCACCAGGGAGAGCCAGGGCCCAGGGGAGUUCAGGGUGUACCUGGUCCUCCUGGCCUGCCAGGUACUGUGGGAAUGAUGGGGAAAGGAGGUCCUCCAGGAUCCCCAGGGCCCCUGGGAGCGCCUGGGCCAGAAGGACCUGUUGGAUUGCUAGGUAAAGCAGGCAUUGAUGGACUGAUGGGACAAACAGGGGAAAAGGGUGAAAGGGGAAUGUUGGGACCUCCUGGAGACGCUGGUCCUACUGGUCUGGACGGUCAACAGGGCCUUCCGGGUCGUGCUGGAGAAGAGGGGCCACCAGGACAAAAAGGCGAGCAGGGAGACCCUGGCCCAUUGGGAAGGCCUGGAACUCUGGGACCUCCUGGAGAUCGUGGGCUAGAGGGCAUCCAAGGCCAUCUGGGAGAGCCAGGACCGCGGGGGAAAGAGGGAGCUGCUGGUGUUCCUGGCCAUAUAGGGGAACGAGGUCCAAAAGGAAAAAAAGGGGAUUCAGGGACACAAGGAUUUCCUGGUUUGCCUGGGUUUUCAGGAGUGUUUGGGGUAAAAGGAGAGAGGGGCAUUAAAGGAGACAAGGGCCACGCGGGACUGCUUGGUGAGGUUGGGUUCAUGGGGGAAAGGGGACCAUCAGGCUUGGCAGGACUAGAGGGUGUUACAGGUCCUAGGGGGUCACCAGGGCCUGAUGGACCUCCAGGGCAGAAGGGGGACACAGGAUCAAGAGGUGUAACUGGUAUCAUUGGGGAUUUAGGUCAACAGGGGCCAUCAGGGAACAGGGGGAUAAAAGGGAACACUGGUAGCCCAGGACCAAAGGGUCUGAUUGGGCGACCAGGGCAACAUGGCGCACUUGGCCCAAAGGGUUUCUCUGGAUCGGAAGGGACUCGAGGCGAAACAGGGGAGAAAGGGGAGCCAGGAGAGAUGGGACCAGAGGGUUUACCUGGAUUGAGUGGAUCUCAAGGACCUCCUGGAUUAGAGGUACUAAAUAUCUCAUUACACAUCAGGUCAGAAGGCCAGAAGAGUGUUUUCACAGGCAAUUACCUGUUUUGUAGCUAUUGAAAUAGGUUGCAUCGCGGUGGCAGUAAAGGAAUCGUUCAAUUAUAUCCCAACAGUAUGCAAUCAAAACACCGUUAUAUCAGAUAUUAUCUUCAGAUUUGAAAUAAAAGUGGUGUGUGACUGUAAAAUUACCCUCUUGUAGGGAACUCCAGGUGAGAUAGGGGCUGACGGACCAAUUGGUCCUCCAGGACCUCAGGCAAGUACAUUUCAUCAGUAAUGAGCUCGCUCAUAUCACUUAUAUCCCUUGGACCACAGAAGUGGCACUAAUGCAGAAUGAUUAACAGGAAAUCUACUGACACUUCUAGGGACGGAAAGGCCAAACAGGACCUGAGGGCAGACAAGGUCUGAAAGGACAAAAGGGUAAAGAUGGUAGAGAUGGACGGCCAGGAAAAACGGGUCAUGGUGGACCAUGGG